AUGGAGCGGAUAGAACGCCUGCUUUCACGGCCGACAGCAAAGCCGUACAGGUCGCGAGACAUUGAAGCCUCGGAAGAACCAUGGCUCAACGAGGAUGGCCUACUGGACUUUUCCCCCGACGACAUGGAGAAUCCCAAGAACUGGUCCAAGGCUCGCCGCUGGUACAUUACCGUGGCAUCUGUCAUUCUCGUCGUCAAUGCCACAUUUGCCUCAUCCAGUCCGUCCGGUACCCUUGAAGGUAUCGCGACGGAUCUGCACGUCUCAACAGAGGCCGCCGGACUUGUCAUCACUCUUUUCUUGCUGGGCUACUGCGCCGGACCGCUCAUCUUUGCCCCGCUGUCUGAAUUCUACGGUCGUAGAUGGGUCUUCUACAUUACUUUUACCUUCUACCUGGCUUUCAACUUCCUCUGCGCCUUCACUCCCAAUUUUGCAGGUCUUCUUAUCGGUCGCUUCUUGACCGGUACUUUUGCAAGUGCAUCUCUGUCCAAUGCGCCUGGCGUCCUUGCCGACAUUUGGGGACCUGUCGAGCGUGGUAACGCCAUGGCUACCUUUUCCAUGAUGACCUUUGUUGGUCCCGCUCUGGGACCUGUCAUCUCUGGCUUCUUGGAGUUGAAGGAGAACUGGAGAUGGAGUUUCUACGUUCUCCUCUUCCUGGGCGGAUUCACCUGGUUCUUGAUGUUCACCAUUCCGGAAACACUGCCGUCGAUCGUCCUCCAGAACAAGGCGAGAAGAAUCAGAGCUUUGAAGAUUCCUGGUUAUGAGAAUGUCAAGGCACCGGUUGAAAUCACUGACAGGACUCUUGCUGGCAUCUUCGCUGUUGCCUUGACUCGCCCUUGGAAGAUCCUCGUUGACCCGAUUUCGUUCGCAGUCGCCGUCUAUCUCGCAGUCGUGUAUGCGCUCCUCUACAUGCUCUUCACGAUUUAUCCAAUCGUUUUCCAACAAAAACGCGGCUGGAACUCUGGAGUUGGAGAGCUACCACUUAUCGGUACUGCGAUCGGUGCUUUUAUUGGUGGUAUGAUCAUCUUCGCUGUAUCUGCGCGCGACAGGAAGAGGCUGGCCGCUGGUCACAAGGGCGUACCCGAAGAUCGCCUACCCGUCGCCAUGAUCGGUGGUGUCCUGUUCCCGAUUGCCAUGUUCUGGUUUGCCUGGACCGCCAACUUCAACAGCAUUCACUGGAUCGUUCCCACAAUUGCUGGUGUCUUCCUCUCGACCUCGAUCUUGCUCAUCUUCGUCGCAUACCUCAAUUACCUGACCGACACAUAUCUUAUGUAUGCAGCAAGUGCUUUGGCAGCCAACACGGUCGCUCGUUCUGCCGCGGGCGCUGCUGCACCGCUCUUUACACAAUACAUGUUUGACGCUCUGGGUGUUGGUGGCGGCGGCUCGCUCAUCGCUGGAGUUGCCUGCUUGCUUGCGCCAAUUCCGUUCAUCUUCUACAAGUAUGGAGGCCCGAUCCGAGAGAAGUCGAAGUUUGCGCCGACAGCCAACAAGAAAAGACGAGCCGACGCCGACAGAGGAAGAGAAAGAGGAUGA